AUGGAAUCUGCCAGCUCUCGCGGCCACAACCCGAAACGGAAGCGAGAGGCUUCAUCCCUACCACCGUCGCAUCCGCCGCCAGAUUUCUUUGACAAUGGCAACGAUGCCCACUACGUCGGCGGUAUCACUGGCGCUAGCAACAAUAGCAGCAACGAUGUCGACCUCAGUCUCCUGGAAGCCGUCGAGAAGUCGCAGAGUGCCGUCGAAGCUCUCGACCUCCGUACCUUGAAGAAGCUGGUUCUCUCCUUCGAGCGCCGCUACAAGGAGAACAUCGAGGCCCGCCUCAAGUACCCUGACCAGCCCGACCGCUUUUCCGAUUCUGAGGUCGAACUCCAUUUGGAGCUCGAGAAGCUCCGAGUGCUCGCCGGCGGCCCGGAGCUGUAUCCAGACCUCGUCAAUCUCAACACGAUUCCUUCAAUUUUGGGCCUUCUCUCGCACGACAACACCGAUAUCGCUGUCGACGUUGUUCAGUUGCUGCAGGAUCUUACCGAUGAGGACGUUCUGGAGGACAACGACGAGCCAGCCAGGGUUCUUGUGGAUGCGCUUGUGGAGAACAAUGUGUUGGAGCUCUUGGUUCAGAAUCUGCAGAGGUUAUCCGAGACGGAUGCUGAUGAGAUGGCUGCAAUCUACACUACGCUUGCGACGAUUGAAAAUAUGAUCGAGGUGAAGCCGGCUGUGGCAGAAUUGGUAUGCGAGAGGACGAAACUGCUCAGGUGGUUGCUUGGGAAGAUCAAAGUGAGAGAGUUCGAUAGCAACAAGCAGUACGCUUCCGAGAUAUUGGCGAUUUUGUUGCAGAAUAGUACGGCGAACCAGAAGAAGCUGGGGCAGAUGAACGGGGUGGAUAUGGUGUUGCAGGCAGUGGCCAUGUACAAAUCCAAGGAUCCCAAGAGUUCUGAUGAAGAGGAGAUGGUGGAGAAUCUAUUUGAUUGCUUGUGUUGUUUACUGAUGCCAUUGGAGAAUAAGGAGAGGUUUGUUAAUGCAGAGGGAGUGGAGUUGAUGAUUAUCAUAAUGAAGCAGAAGAAAUCUGCUUACAGUUCAGCCAUUAGGGCGCUUGAUUUUGCAAUGACCAAGUAUCCGCCUGCAUGCGAGCGAUUUGUUGAUGUUUUGGGUCUGAAGACAGCAUUCUCUGCUUUCAUGGGUAAGAUUCCAAUGAGCAAGAAGAAUAAGAAAGAAAGCUACCAAGAGGAGUUAGAAGAGCGAAUUGUGUCCUUGAUGGCAUCAUUAUUUGGUGGAAUUCUGAGAGGCACUAGGAGGGAAAGAUUGCUAAGCAAAUUUGUGGAGAAUGAGUGUGAGAAAAUAGACCGACUUAUGGAGCUGUAUAUUAGGUACUCAGACAGGGUAAAAUCGGAGACUAAAAGGAUGGAGCAGCUUGAAGUGGAUGAUAUAGAGAUGGACGAUGAGGAAAGAUACAACAGAAAACUGGGAUUUGGACUUUAUACCCUUCAGCUGAUUGCAAUAAUUCUAGGUCACCUCUGGUGCUCUGAGCACCAAGGGAUGAGGGCAAGAAUUGAACUACUACUGAAACAGCACAAGCUCAGUAAGAAGGAUGUCAAAGAUGUACUUCAGGAGUAUCACGACAACAUUGGUGACUUGGACGGACCAGAAGAAAAGGAGCGAGCACAAUCAAGGAUACAGAAGUUCAUAUCUGCUCUCUGA